UUUCCUCCUGUUCUUUAUCAAGGUCCCCCAAAUAAGCAGGAUGGGCAGUGGCUCUCCACAGCUGGCCUUACUCCCUCUUUCUCUCUGCUACAAACUUUUCCCACUGGCUAAUUAGAACCAGGUUGGGUGAGAGUGAGUUCUGGUCCUGCUGCUGCCUUUGGAAGGAGAGGCCUGGAGCACCCUGACUGAAUGAUGGCUGGGAAGCUGUGGAGCACUCUCCUCCUUUCCCUGGCUCUGUCUGGCUUCUUCUGCGAAGAGGUUACCAUAUCCAAUAGUAUUCAGCAAACUACUGGGCCUCCCAUGAUACAUAUCACUUCAGCAACAAAAGAUGCCACUUCGAUGAGCACAGUUGCAACUAUUACCAUUAAAGACCAAAGCGUUCAGACCCCUCACAUCCCGGCAAAUGAAAGCCACAGAUUAGAACCCGCCACUGAAGCCAGACCUAAAAUAACUGCAGGGACAACCGCAUCAGCAACAAAGAUUCCUGUGACUUCAGCAUUCAGCCUGGGUCCAGCAAUUUUAGACCAGAGUUCUCAGAGCCCUAAUAACCAGAAAAAUACAACGGUCAAACUAGAAAAGGAAUCUAAAGCUGGAGCUAAAAACAAUUCAGGAUUACCUAAUCAGGAAAAACAAGACGAUGCUUCUCACAUUGGUAUAAUUUUGCCAGUUGUCAUUGCCCUAAUAGUAAUAAGUGUCAUCGUAUUCCUUUUAAUGGCACUGUACCGAAUGUGCUUGAAGACAACGCCAGAGAGGCAAGAGAAUGGAACUGAACAAGCCCCAUCGGAUAAAGAGAAUGUGAAACUCAUUUCUGUUAAGACAACUUCUUCAGACUCAGCAGAGCAGACUUCUCAGGGAAGGAAUAAAACUCGGCAACAUAACGAUUCCUCCUCAUGCCAAGGCAACAAAUGAAUGUGAAGAAUUCCUGUUUCAUUCUAGAAACCACCAAACAAAGUUGGAUUUUCUUGAUGUGAAUCAAGAGCAUCACUGGGGAAAAAAACUGUUCGCUUCAUUUCUCUGUAAUUUUGCCAUGUUGUCAUGUUGUUUUUCUAUGCCCUGCUGUUUAUCUCUAAAAAGAAUUUUGUAGUUUUUUUUCUCUCUUUCAGUCCAUUCCUCUACAAGACCUAUUUAUUGCUUUCCAUGUAUGUAAGGCAGAGAAAAAAAAUUGCAUAUUGUAAAACUAUAUAAAAAUGCACUUGACCUUUGCCAAUUCUGAUACUGUAGUUUUGUACAUAAAAUAUAUAUUCUGCCUGUAAAUAUAAUUCUUUAUGUACUUUCAGUAAUUACCACAAUAUUAAAUAUUAUAUGUUGUGGCCAUAUCUGUUUACAAUAAGAACAAGAUACUAGCUUGAGUCUUUCCUUCUGUAAAUUGAGUAGAUUCCCUCACUCCCAUUUCAACGCAAAGCAAAGUUUCAAGUUAUUGUAUUCAUAAAUGACUAAUCUCCUUAUUAAGACUAACUAAACUGGUACAAAAAUGUCCACCACAUUCUUCCAAAAGUUUUUCUAAAGCAAAAUGUGACAAAAACCAAGGAAUGGGGAAGAAGCAGGACACUCCAAAACUUCUUGCAACUAAGAUAAGAUUUUGUUUCCAUGAGGUCUGCAACUGAGAUUUGGACUUAAAACAGAACCUAUUUGUGAGCAACAGGUGCAAUAUAUUCUGAGUUUCAGCUACUAUCCUAGGACAUUUUUUGGGUGGUUUUCUUACUUGUUCUCUGCUUCUUGUAACAUCCUACCUUGAUGCAGAUUUCUGCAACUUCUUCUGCAUCAUUUGAUAAUAUCAGAAGUAUCAUUA